AAACCGCCGCCAAAAUCUGUGAGUCAACAGACCAACGUGGUAGUAGACAACAUACAAAAGACACCACUAAUAGACAGGAUUUGACUUUUUCCAAAGAGAAAAGAAGCUACUUUUUCAGGAUAAUUUUGUUUUAUCUGCUUUGAAUCAGAGUUGAAGCUCAGGCCAAUGUCAAAAGAAGUGAAUUCAGUGAAUGUGACUCUGCAUCCUCUGGGAGGAGGACCAGAGGUCACCUCGGAGCAGGAACCCUUGUGCAUUUUUGGGACAGGAGACAUGGGACGCUCAUUGGGCCAGCGUCUGCUGCAGACCGGCUACAAGGUCAUAUACGGCAGCCGCAGACCUCUCGGCUGCGGCCCUGUGCCUCAUGGAGCUCAGGUGAUGAGCUAUGCAGAUGCAGCGCAGUUAGCCACUGUGGUCUUUGUGUGCUUACACAGAGAACAUUAUGACCUCAUAGAGACACUCAUGACACAACUGAAGGGAAAGGUGCUGGUGGAUGUCAGCAACAACCCUGAGAAGAAUAUGUACCCGGAGGCCAAUGCUGCAUAUUUGCAGAGACUACUUCCUGAUUCUCAUGUGGUUAAAGCCUUUAACACCUUGUCCGCCUGGGCUCUUCAGAAUGGACCUGCCGACGCAUGCAGACAGGUAUAUAUUUGUGGCAAGAGUGCAGAGGCGAAACAGGCUCUAGCAGAGGUGGCCACCAAGAUGGGCCUAACGGUUUUGGACAGGGGGUCCCUAUCAGCUGCCCAAGAGUUGGAGGACUUCCCUCUGCAGCUGUUCCCCGAGUGGAGGCUCCCUCUCCAAAUAGCCUUCGGCCUGACAGCCUUUUUCUUUUUCUACCUGCUCAUCAGAGACGUCAUCUACGCUUAUGUGGAUGAGGGGAAAGACAUCUCCUUCAGAAUUAUGGUGUCCUUGGCCAACAAGGUGUUUCCUAUUGUGUCGCUCAUCAUGUUGGCCUUGUGUUACCUGCCUGGUGUUAUUGCUGCCUUCCUUCAGCUAUACAGAGGGACCAAGUACAGUCGCUUUCCUGAUUGGCUGGACCGCUGGAUGCUGUGCAGGAAGCAGCUGGGACUGCUAGCUCUCGCCUUUGCUUUUCUACAUGUACUCUACACGCUCAUCAUCCCAAUUAGAUAUUAUGUGAGAUUCAGGAUUUCGCAAUACACCAUCACACAGGUCAAGGAGAACCAAACUGCAAAGUUCGAUACAACUUUGGCCUGGGGAUCGGACGCUUACCUCUCUUUCGGCAUUCUGGGAUUUGGCCUGUACGUUUUGCUGGGAAUAACUUCUUUGCCUUCAGUGAGCAACGCUCUCAGCUGGAGAGAAUUCAGCUACGUACAGUCCAAGCUGGGCUACUUGACUUUGUUCCUCUGUACGAUUCACACUGUGCUGUACGGGUGGAACAAGUUUCUGCGGCCCUCCGUGUACAAGUGGUACACACCACCUGGCUUCAUGCUGAGUCUGGUGGUGCCCUGCGUGGUACUGGUAUUAAAGAUGCUGCUCCUCCUGCCUUGCUUGGACCGGAGAGUCACCCAAAUUCGACGAGGCUGGGAGAAAACCAAGCACCAUGAGGAGAAAACACUUUUAACAUAGGGCAGCGUGCCAGAAAACAGAAGGUGUUUUGGAAAUGUUUCAUUAGGGGUAGUGUCCCUCCAGUUCUCUCAAAUGUAGUAGUGUUUCAAUUGUAAACUGAAUGUGUAUAAAUAAAUUACAAUUUCAUUUUUUAGUGCUGUUUUUUGAGGUACUUUUUUCAAGGUCUGUUUUUUUUUUUUUUUUUUUUUGCUUUUGCUGAUUCACUCUGUUGUAUACUUGCUGUACUUGCUGUUGUUGUAUUAAAGUCAAAUUUGCAAUCUCA